UACAGUUGGAUGAUGCAUUAGAGAUGCGCACGCAGGUUGCCGGUUAAACGUGUUGCACAAAUUUACACAACACAAUUUAGUAUUGUACGAUAGUUAGUGAGAAUAAGCAUCGAGAAAAUUAAUACAUAAAUUAUUUAUUUAAUGCAUUUAUUUUUGUAAAUAUUGAUAAGACUUAACCAAAAUGUCUUGUGACCCCGACGAAUUGAUGUCAACACUCGAAAAAUCUGAUGCAGCAACAAUUAAAACCAUCGUAUCCAACUUACCGGACCCAAAUGCCCCAGUUUACUUCGGAGAGACUCUGCUAUACUUAGCGACCAGCAAAGGCAACCUGAACCUCAUCCGGCAUUUAGUCGGCCAUGUUGACCUGAACGCCCAAGGGUUUUCGGGACCUGCGUUACACGAAUCAAUAAUCCGAGGCCAGCAAGAUGUCACCUCAUUCCUGAUCCAAAAUGGCGCUGACAUAAAUCAGCCAUCGAAUUAUCUUUACCAAGAUGGCUUCUCGCCCCUUCAUACCGCCAUUUUGUCAUCAAAUGUACCCGCCACCGAACUGUUACUCAAAAUGGCCGCCGAUAUCAAUGCCAGAGAUUCUAAUAUGAACACCCCCCUACACAUCGCAUGUCAAACCGGAAAUUACCACGCAGCAGCGUUGCUUCUGAGUCACAGCGCCACCAUGGCCGCCAUUAACUCCAACAACGAGACGCCAUUUUGUGUAGCGAUAGACACAGGAAGUUUGAAUAUACUCAGACUAUUUCUCGCCAACGGAAUUCAUGAAACUGACCCCCAGUUUCUCAACAAUGCUCUCAUACGCGCGAUCGACACCAAAAAUCCCCUUAUAGUUCAGUUUAUGAUUGACAAUGGCGCUGAUGUCAACUUUGUGUCUACGCAUAAGAAAUACACGCCUUUACAUUUCGCAGCCAAUGCCGAGCAACUUAAAAUCAUAGAAAUUCUCCUAAAAAAUUCCGCGAAUGUUCUGUCGCGUUCCGAAAGUAAUUCGCUACCGAUUUUUUACGCCGAUCACCGAAAAAAUAGUUCGAUAGUCGAUUUAUUAUUAGAUCGUCAUUCUGAAAUAGAUCUAGAUCAUGGAAAAGACUUGCUUUGCGAAGCUGUGAUGAAUGAUUGCCCUCUGGUGGUCGAAAAACUUCUAACCCACCGAAUUUAUAAUUUGAAUGUCGACGAAUUAACUGCCAGCGGUGUCAGAUUACUCGACGCGGCCAUUUUGAAUAUAAAAGAAUCAAGUGCUGAGAUGCUGCUCAAGUGUGGCGCUAAUUCCGAGCUCAGAACUCAAGGUGUCGCUAGUAUCGACUUAGGAAUUCGGUGCAAAAAUUACAACUUUAUCUACAGCUGGUUGAAAUACGGAGGUAGUUUUUAUAAUUUCCACGUGAAUCAGCAGCUUUAUCUAUCGAGACUGGAAAAAAUAAUCGAGUUAAAUGAUUCUCAUGAGUACGGUGCGUACGUGAUGGAGUGGGGGUUAAGGAACCACUUAAUUUUGAUGAAAACUGUGGGAUUUUUUACCCAUGGACGGUAUGACGAAUUAACAGAGAGCUAUGGCAGGCGCGAGAGGGCUUCGGUGGAGUGGGAAUGUGAACAAGAAGUGGAGAGGUCUAAGAGAACUUAUGUGGGCGGUGUCAGUUGCUGGGAUUUGCUGACAAUAGAGGACAGAAGACUGAUGACCUGGUCCAGGAACACCGAAGUUAAGACAAUUAUGGAGAGUAAAUUUGAGAUACCAUUCCAUUAUUGCGAACACUGGUUCAUGAGUUGCUAUAGAAGGGGUGUUAGGAGACCGGGGUUGGUUAAUAAGUUCGGUGAGUGCUUUGGGGAAAUUUUUAGUGACUUGGGAUUCGAUGAAGUCGAGAAAGUUUUGAAUUAUUUAAGCAACGAUGAUAUUGGGAAUUUGAUCUGCGCGUGCGAGGGUCAGUAAAAAAGUGCGUCGAAACGGAAAUCAUUGGCUAGGAUUUGGAGGAAAGAAAAUGAGGUGGAAGUUUUUCUUGGAAAAAAGGAAUUUUUGGAGUAACUUGACCUGCACCGAAAUUAUACUUAGAAUAUUGUAAUUUUUUCAGCAUUUUUUAGAAUUGCUUGAAACGGUUUUCGGAAUUUUAAUUUGAGAUGUGUGAAAACUUUAUUUGUAAUUACACCGAAAUUAUAUCACAAGUUUUGAGCAAAAAUAAAGCAUAGGAAAAGUUGUAUUAAACGUAUUUGAAGAAUAAAAAAAUUAUUAUUAUAUUAAUUGAUUUAACUAAUUUAUUUUCGACCGGAUUUCCAAUUAGCUAAAUAGUGGGAGGACAUAUUUUUCACCAAUGAAACUUUAGAGCCUCUAAGGAGCAAAACAAUACCGAUUGUGGACUGCGCAAGGUCCGUAACUUUGCACCUGUUGGAAAUAACCCAUCAUACCAUAAACGUUUUUUGUUCAUUAUGAUGUCCUCUAGUAGGAAUAGCCAUGAAAAGUCCUGGGAAUAAUUUAAUCUUUGAGUUAAGAACCGUAUGAGAAUAGUUCAGAAAUGUGAAAAAUAAGCAUUUUCCCAUGAGGUAUGUCAUUGCAAGAAUCAUGCAUGCUGAUUGCUUCUAGAUGUCACUACACUUCCUAUCAUUCAAUUUAUUAUUGUUAAUAAUAAUAAUAACAUUGCAUAAAAAAUAAUCUAUAAAAUGCAAUUAUGAGAUCGUUAUCUACUCAUACAAUCGUCAAGUCACGAUUUCAUUUAUAAUCAUGCAUAAACAAGAAAAAUAAUCAUAUUUGUAUAAAAUGUCGUCAAGCGCAGACAGUAAAUCUUAUUUUAUCUCUAUUAUUAUUUUUUUUUCCUUAAUAUUUAAUAUCUUAGAGUGUCGAAUCAGUGAAAAAACCAUCGUCAGUAAUAUAUGGAACCAAGUUGAGCCCAUAAGUGAAUUCCACCGGAUUUAUACUAAUAAUUAUUUGAAUAGUAAUGUGACGGUGUCAAAAAAAUGCGAUGUCCAGGUCCAAAUAUUCAUGACCGCACUCAAGAAUUUCGAGCCGUGGGCACUUGAAAUGUUCGACGCAUCUUCAAAACUACCGUCGGGAUUAAUCCGAGGGAAUCUCAAGGAUCUGGGAAUGUAUGAUCAGUGCAUUGCAGUAAAUGUAACUAAAAAUAAUACGAUAAUAAGAGGACGUCAUUGUAUGUACACCGCAGCAAUUACUUUAUCAGAUGCUACUACACUUCCGUUAUCGCCGACGCUCUCUGUCUGUUUACCGUCGGCUUGUGAUAAAGAUCAGGUUAUCGAAAAAAUGCAGAUGCUCUUUGAUUUUCUCGAGGACUUUUUCAAUGGCAAUAAAAUUAAUGUUACCUCGGCUGUUUGCUCGGUUGUAGAUAAUAAUUCAUGGAAUCUGGGUACUAUCAUUACAAUAGGAGUGUUCGGAAUAUUAAUAAUAUUUCUGAUAAUAUGUACACUUUGCGACUUAUUCAUUCGAGUUAAUCAUAUUAAUAAUGUUAACUACUUUAACACACUGUCCAAAUUCUCAUUAAUCGUUAAUGGCCAGCGUAUUUUAAACACUCAAGUACCGAAAGACAAUUUGCCAGUUAUCACAGGGCUAAGAUUUUACAGCAUGACUUGGAUUAUCCUCGGACACGCAUUUAUUAUGAAUUUAUUCGGCAGUGUUGUUAAUAUAGCCGACGCCAUGACAUGGUUUCGUUCAUGGAAUUCUUUGUACAUUCUAAUAGCGCCAUUUGCAGUAGAUUCAUUUUUUGUGAUAAGUGGAUUUUUGACAUCUUAUUUAUUUAUAAAAGAAAUGGCUAAAGGUAGAAAAUUUAAUAUUUUCCUUUACUAUAUCCAUCGGUACAUAAGAUUAACGCCAGCGUUUAUGGCGAUAUUUUUAAUAGUUACUUAUCUGCUACCAAGUAUGGGGUCAGGUGCGCUAUGGGAUGCGACCAUGAACGCACAAAGUCACUAUUGUAAAAAAAAUUGGUGGCCAAUGUUACUCUACGUCCAUAAUUAUGUUUACAAAGACGGCCCAGCGUGCUUGGGACACACAUGGUACCUCGCAGUUGACAUGCAAUUAUUCUGGCUGUCACCAUUAAUUAUCUAUCCACUGUACAAAAAACCCAAAAUUGGAUUAUUUAUUUUGUAUUCUGCCAUUAUUGCCUCGAUAAUUACGCCAGCGGUUAUUGCGGGUAUUAAUAAAUUUACUGUAGCACUGGCGCCCACUUCAGACUUAAGUAAAACACAAGAUAUGAUGCUGUAUUUUUAUAUCGUCACUUAUACGAGAGCUGGCCCAUGGCUACUGGGAAUAUUGCUCGGCUAUUAUUUGUCAUCAAAUCGCAAUUUUCUACCAAGAAGUAUCAUAAAAUUAGGGUGGUGUCUAGCAAUCGUAGCUUUUGCAUACUCAUUUUUUACCUAUCGGAUUUAUCAGAGUGAAAAUUACGAGUGGAAUAUUUAUUGGGAGACAUUUAAUGCCGGUAUUGCGAGACAUGUUUGGGCAUUUGGAGUCUGUUGGAUUAUUUACGUCUCAACUAUGGGCCAUGGAGGUGUUCUGUCAAAGUUUCUAUCACUACCAAUUUAUCUACCAUUCAGCAGGAUAUCAUAUUCAGUAUAUUUGAUCCAUUAUGUUGUCCAAACUAUUAAAGCAAGUUCCGCAAGAGUGCCGUCUUUUUUUAGCGACUACCAAAUGCUGGAUACAUUUUUUAGUGACUUGCUAAUCUGCAUAGUCGGCGGAUUUAUUUUUAGUCUCUUAUUCGAGUCGCCAUUUUUAGUUCUUGAGAAAUUAAUACUCGGUAAUAAAACAAGUGCAUCUAAGUCUAAUAAUCAUAAUAAUGAUACGAAUAAAUUACAAGAUGAAGUACAGAGUAAUUCAAUGGGAAACGGUCACGUCAAUCAAGGAUUUGAAAAUUCUAAAAAUUUAGUGUAA